CCUAACUUGUCCGUUAAGUCAGAGGUGGGGGUAGUGCCGGUGGUUGUGAAAGGGAGAAGAGGGGAUGGGGGGAGGAGAGAGGAGUACGUGUGCCAUUCGUUGGCUGUUGGGAAAGGGGGAAGAGGUUUCACAGGGCAUGUUGAUUGCUGGGAAAGGGAGAAAGGUGGCCGCUGAUCAUUGACAGGGAGGAGAGUCGGCUGCCAGGGGCUGGGAAGCUAGGGUUUGUGCAGGGCAAGUAGGGGGUGGGUUUGGAGGAAGUCAAGUUAUCUUGGUUGAAACGAAUCAAUAAAUUUGGGUUCAACUCAAGCUCAAUCAGCUUCAUUGGGACUGGGCACGCCUAAGCAGCACCCAAUUGAAUUUGCUUGCCCGAACAAUUUCGAGGUGUUCGUGCCUUGCCUCGCCUCGCCUUUCUCGGGACCCUGGUGUGAAUUCGCUUGCCCAACAAUUGAGAGGUCCGAGGAUGGCAGUCCCACGGAGUCUACGCUGGGCUUCAUGCGGAGCAAUAUCACACUCACAAGAUAGGCAUCAAGUUGGAAAUGUUGAAACCUUUCCUGCGCUAGGUCUAUCUUCAACGGAUGCAUCCAGAGAAACUGGGAAAGAUACCACUUUUGCUGUGUCCAAGCUCUGUGUCAGACUUUGUCUUCAUGCCAGUGGUGUUAUUGCGGCAAAGUUCAAUUAUCAUCCGUUACUUGUAGAUGCAUUUCAUAAGAUCCCAAAGGCUAGCUGGCAUGGAAAGGAAAGACUAUGGAUGUUCCCUCCAUCAUCCUUGGAUGUGGCUGAGGAAGUUCUUAACGCGGUGGCUGGUGUGGAUGUUAAGGUUCAAAAGUUUGAUCCAUUAGUCCGACGUGCCCUUGCUGCUGCAUCUGCUGUUCAAGAUCUACGAGAUCUAUAUGACAGGAUGCCAAGCUAUGUUGAAUCAAAACUUCUACCUUUCCAACGAGAAGGAAUUAGAUUCGUGCUGCAGCAUGGUGGACGUGCUAUUUUAGCUGAUGAAAUGGGUCUUGGAAAGACAUUACAGGCAAUUGCUGUUGCUGCUUGCAUUCCGGAUGCAUGGCCUGUUCUUGUUGUCACCCCGUCUUCCUUGCGUUUACAAUGGGCUUCUAUGAUUCAGCAGUGGCUUAAUAUAUCUUCUGCAGAUAUUCUGGUAUUUCUAUCUCAACGUGGAGGGGCUAACAAGGCUGGAUUCAAGAUAGUGUCCUCGAAUUUGAAGUCAAAUAUCCAUUUAGAUGGCGUUUUCAACAUAAUUUCUUAUGAUGUUGUUCCUAAGAUACAAGAUAUACUUCUGGCUUCUGAGUUUAAGAUUGUCAUUGCAGAUGAAUCACAUUUUAUGAAGAAUGCUCAGGCUAAGCGAACAAAUGCUUGUCUUCCAGUUCUUCAGAAAGCUCAAUACGCAAUUCUUCUGAGUGGAACUCCUGCUCUAUCCAGACCUAUCGAGUUGUUCAAGCAGCUCGAGGCCUUGUAUCCUGGUGUUUACAGAAAUGUUCACGAGUAUGGGAAUCGUUACUGCAGGGGUGGUUACUUCGGAUUGUAUCAAGGUGCAAGCAACCAUGAAGAGCUACAUUGUCUAAUGAAAGCAACUGUCAUGAUUCGCAGAUUAAAAAACGAUGUCCUCUCACAGCUGCCAGUGAAGCGUAGGCAACAAGUCUUCCUAGAUUUGAAUGAGAAAGAUAUGAAACAAAUUAGAAUUCUGUUUCGUGAGUUGGAGGUAGUGAAGAUGAACAUUCAGGCUUGUGAUUCCCCUGAGAAUAUGGAGUCUUUAAAAUUUAUGCAAAAAAAUCUUAUUAACAAGAUCUAUAUUGAUUCAGCAGAAGCUAAAAUUCCUGCAGUUCUGGAUUACCUGAGUACUGUUAUUGAGGCAGACUGCAAAUUCUUGAUAUUUGCUCACCAUCAGCCCAUGAUUGAUGCGAUACAUCAGUUUCUUCUUAAAAAGAAAGUUGGCUGUAUAAGAAUAGAUGGCGGUACCCCAUCAUCGAUGAGACAAGCUUUAGUAAAUGAAUUUCAGGAGAAGAUUGAAAUAAAGGCUGCAGUUCUUUCAAUCAAAGCCGGAGGUGUUGGAUUGAACCUGACCGCAGCAAGUACAAUCUUUUUUGCUGAGUUGACCUGGACUCCUGGUGAUAUAAUUCAGGCAGAAGAUCGUGCUCACCGGAUUGGCCAGGUUUCAUCGGUCAAUAUAUAUUACCUUCUCUCAAAUGACACUGUUGAUGACAUAAUCUGGGAUGUUGUUCGAAGCAAAUUGGAAACUUUGAGCCAGAUGCUCGAUGGUGAAGAAAAUACAUUAGAAGUGUCUUCCAGUCAAACAAGCAAAAGUCCUCAAAAGCAAGCAACUUUAGACUCCUUUAUGAAAUGCUGUGAUGGCACUGGCGAUGCUCAGCACAUUGCAAAAACUCCCAAAUUUUGAGACACAUUUUGUUGUUGCUGUGAAACAUUCAGUAUAUAUAUAUAGAAAUCAACUCUUAACAUUGUAGCGUAGCAACAACUGGGAACUGUUACUCCGAGAUACGUACCAAGUAGUUAUUCUUUGACCUUCCUUGCA